UUUUGUUGACAGUAACAAACACAGUUGCCGGCACAACACACAUUUUUCCAUUUUUUGUUACUGAAAACCCAAAUGUUCCUGAAAUCCGAGGAUAAAAGUUCAUUUUGGACCUAAAAUCGCCUUUUACAGGCCUUAAACGAUGUCAAUUCACGACUUUUUGUUUGAUGACUUGCUCAUCGAAGUCUUCCUCCGCUUACCUUUGAAGGAUCAACUUACCUGUAAAUGCGUUUGCGAACGAUGGUUCACUCUCCUAAUGACCGAUUAUCACUUCCGUCACCUUCGUCAAUUGAAUUUAGUCUCAAAACUCUUCACUUUAGAGCAAAUUUCCGUAAUUCUGACGUCAAAAUAUCGCUUCACUCAUCUCGUGAUGGAUGAAAUUUCGUACAAAACGGUGCCUUUGGCUCAGAUGCGCCCAAUUUGGGACUUCUUAGGCGAAACUGUCACCGAUUUAGUGGUCAAAGGUCUCACGGAUUUGGAAAUUUAUCGCGUUCUGGAGUCAUUUCCGCUGCUAAAAUCCCUCGACAUGUACGGAUUUUACUUCACGUGGCUGGCGGAAGAUGUAAUUCCCGUAUUGCCGCACGUGGAACAUCUCAAGGUCAGCAAUUUCUUCCUCGUCAAUAACGUUGAUGGGCUUUUUGAGAAAUUACCGUCGCUGAAAACGAUCGAUUACGACAUUUACAACACGGAUGACCCGCCAGGCGAUGAAAUGGUGAAUUGUUUCGAGAAAUAUCCGAUGUUUUUGAAGACGUUGCGAUGGUAUGACAACAACAAAAAUUUCGAUAAAAUUCGGGAAAAAUUUUUGGCGAUGCCGGAUCACAAUAUUGAGCGAUUUUACUACUACACGAGCGAUGAUUUUCGGUAUUUGGGCAGAGUUUUGGGGACUUUUCCGAAAAUUAGCGAUGUAAAUGUCACGUGUAACGUUAUUCCGUCGUGCGAGUUCUUCCGGAUCACAGCGCUGGAUGUAAAAGUUAAGAAUUUGGCAAAUUUCAGCUUGAAACCGCUCGCAGCUUUGACGAAUCUCGCGGAAUUUCACUUCAAAGCGUCAAAUAUUCCGUGCCCGAUGGGCCAUGAAGCGAUUUUGCACGAAAAAUUGAAGAUUUUUCACUUGAAUUUGGGAAAAUGUGAAUGUUCGGAAUGUUUCGUGACGCUGACAAAAUCAUUCCCGGCUCUGGAAAUCUUCCAUUUAGUCCUCAAGGAGAAAACUAUCCCGAAAAUUCGUCUCACUUCCCUUCUCCAACACUGGCCAAAGCUCUACAAAACAGUUUUCAAUAAUCGCCAUGCCUCUACCGUGAUCGAGCCUUUCGUUGGCUUGACAUUUCCAUCAUCGCCACAUGAGACACUCAAAUUUAUCAGUAUCACCGACGACAUCGAGCCUUAUAACAAUAUCCAUGAAUUUGCGCCAAAUUUGUUAAGUCUUCAUUUUCAUAUAAAUUCUCGUUCGGCUCCUCUUGACACGAUUACGGGAGAAAUUUUGCCGAAAUUGCCGCAUUUGAAAUAUGUGCUGAUGAGUUUUGAUGAAUCUUCGACGUAUCAGAUGACGGAGGAGCAAAAUCGGGCCGCCUUCGAGGAUGUCAUUCAGUAUUCGACGAAAGUAGAGGAUUUGCAGUUGCCAAUUUUGCACGGGAAUUUUGUGAUGCUUGAUGAGGCGAGGAAUUUUUUUGAUAAUUUGCCACAUUUGAUGCAUAUUUGGUUUGAUCAGCUGAGGGAAGGGAGGAUUUUUGUACAUCGCGUGUAUUCAAGGUUGGAUUAUAGAAAUGGAUUUGCGAGACAUCGUUGAAGAUUUUUUUGCUCAAUAUUAGGAGAAAUUUUGUUAAUUUAAUAAAUAUUGUUGAAAUUUUGUAAAAAGUUGAAUUUUUCAUGAAAUUUGCUAAAGUCAC